GGAUGUUCCUGAGGUUUAGGACAACGUUUACUACUCCAUACAAAUAUCUCACAUUAUAUCGAAGAAUGCUGGUAUCUCCUGUUAUAGUUGGUCAUCGAGGAUUCAAGGGGAACUACCCUGAGAAUACCAUGAUUGGAUUCAACAAGUGUUUUGAAACUGGAGCCACCAUAAUCGAAACUGACUUGUGGUUGGCUAAAGAUAAUGUUAUUAUUAUUUCCCAUGACCCUUCUACCAAGCGUGUUUUUGUUGAUUCUGAAGGCAACGAAACUGAUUACAAGAUUAUAGAUACUGAAUAUGACCCAAUUUUGAAACAAUUGAAGACCAUCGAGGGUGGAUACCCAUUGAUGACCUUUAGAGAGGUGUUACAGUGGUUUAAAGCAUACGUUGUAGAUCACGAAGGGGAAUUCAAAUUACAAUUAGAUAUCAAGAGAUUCAAUCCUCCAAAGAUUCUCAAACAAAUUAUUGAAGAUUUAUUGAGUGUUGAACCAAAUAUGGGUUUUUGGUAUAACAGAAUUCAGUUUGGGAUUUGGGAUUUGAAUUUCUUGAAAUAUUUGAACCAAGAUGAUUAUUUCCAAGAUAAGUUUGCUGAACAACAAUUUGACAUCUUCAAUAUUACUGUCUCCUGGAGAGAUGCAAUUUUCUAUGUUAGCUAUAAUGAUUACCUUGAUGCCUUAGGUGGUGACCGAGUCAAGAUCAAAUUAACUGGAGUUUCCUUGAUUUAUAUAUCUACUUGGUCUCAAGGAUUUUUGACCAAAUUUGUUCCAUUAUUAAAAGUACAUGGUCUUAAAUUAUUUUCGUGGACUAUAAAUAAGAAGUUCCAAUAUGAAUACUUGUGUAAAGUUGGGGAACUUGGAGGGUUAGUGGAAUAUGGUGUUAUUUCUGACCAUCCUGAUACCAUGGUCAGCUAUGCUGAUCACAAGGAAGAGUUAGAAGAAGUGGGUGAAACUACUAGAUUAACUCCAACUACUGAAUCAUUACGUUCUAGCUUAACCUUUAAACAGUGGUUUUCCUACUUUAUUUUCCAAGUAUUUCACAAGAUGGGUAGCGAUAAGAAAUUAACUGAUGAUGAAAAGCAAUAUGAUUCCAUUGUUGAUGAAAAUAAAGUAAGGGUUAUUAAAGUUAACGAAUGGGUGAUUUGGAUGUUUCAAACUAUGCAAAAGUUUGGAAUCUUUUAGAUGUGAAAAUGCUUUAUAGAGUUAAUAGAAAAGCACCUCAAAUGUACUUGCAAGCAUAAAGUUAAAAAAAAAAUUAAAAAAGAAAAGAAAAUAAAAAUUGUUGUGAGAUUAGACUAUGUCGAGUUCUGGUAUGGAGUUUUCUGUCCCAAGAUCAACAAUACCACUCUGUACUAUUUUAAGGGACUACAUGGAAUUGCUGAAUUGCCUGCAUAGUAGUUUAUGUGUUUGUUCUUCUCUCGUUCCUGCAUAUAUCCUCAGAACGGAGAAGUUUGAAAAUAUUCACUGUCAACAUCAUCACUAAAUCAAAACAAAUCACGUUGUGGGCAAAUAUCACUAAUAUUUACCUUAUAUAUUUUGUAAUACUUGUUUCACUAUGGAAUUUACAAAGCACCUGGUUC